AUGUUUGAUCAUUCAGAACCCACCACCCCAUCCUCCACCUCGACACCGACCUCAGAACAUGCACCCUCCAUAUCAUUGGACUCCCUAUCUAAAACCAAAUCGGCCGUUGAAUCUCUCUCCUCCAUUCUCUCCUCCUUUCCAUCCAAUCUCUCCUUUUCUAUCUCCUCCUCCAACCCUAAUCCUACUUUCUGUCUUCUCCAUGACCCCCAAGUUGCCUCCCAAGUAUCCUCCCUCCUUCGUGAACCUAACUCUGGAGCCGGUGACAACAACCUCUGUCGUUGGCUUUAUGACACUUUCCAAUCCGGUGACCCUAACCUCCAACUCGUUGUCCUCCGCUUCCUCCCCAUUAUUGUAGGGAUCUACCUCUCCCGUGUUGCACUCCGCAAACCCCUUGCCGGAUUUGAGGCCAUCCUUCUAGCCCUCUACGCCCAUGAGACCACCUCGCGUGCUGGCCAACCCAUAACCAUGAACGUACCGAAUUUGUCACUUCCCAGUGUUUACCAUGAAGCCAAAGCACCCAUUAACAACAACUCCACAGAGCUUAACCUAGCAGUCAUAUCUCCUAGUUUGGAGCCACAUGGGACUGUAAGGUCUACGAGAAGAGCCAGAAUAGUUGGGGUGGCCUUAGAACUAUACCACAGCAAGAUUUAUCAUAUGCCAGUUGGGUCCAAGAUUGAUUUCUGUGACUUUUGUGUGGUUUGGGCUGGUCAAGACAAUAAUGAUGAUGACAGGGACUUGAACAAGGAGAGCGAGUCAAAUGGUCGUAAAGAGGGAAGGAUUCCAUUGCCAUGGGAGUUGCUACAACCUGUAUUGAGAAUUCUUGGUCACUGCCUUAUGGGGAACACGAAAAACAAAGAACUGUUUGAUGCGGCAUGGGCGGCAUGUAAUAGUUUGUAUGCAAGGUCUAUGCAUGAUAUCAAUCCUAAGGCACUUUUGGCCACUGGGAGUUUGCUUAAGCUUGGCAAGAAGGCUAUGGAGCCUUCGGAAGAUUUAGAUCCAACUGAAAUACGAAAGUCUAAUGUCCUCGUCAUCUAA